AGUCGGGAGGUUCGAUGGUCCGAAGACGCCAGCUUGUGCCGGGGAGGGGGAGAAGGAAGGCUUCCGUAAAGGGUGCCUUUCGGUCCUUUCGCUCCCGGGGACCCUCGGCCAAAGCCCACCAUACCGACCCCACGGCUAGCCCCUCCCCCAGGCUCUCUCCGCUCGAUUUCGCACCGUUAUGUGGGAAGCGAAUCCGUGAAAUGGCCAAACGGGGUGAACAGUGCUGGAAGAAGAAAGAAGAAGUGUGCAAUAGCUAACGGGACAGUGGAGUUCACAGUUUAGGUCAUUGUCUUUAUUAUCUGACCAAGACACAUAAGAAGAUGUUUCACAAGACAGAGGAGUUCUUUCCCAAGAAGACCGACAGUGAUGUGGAUGACAUGGACACAUCGGACACACAGUGGGGCUGGUUCUACCUGGCGGAGUGUGGGAAGUGGCACAUGUUUCAGCCGGAUACCAACAUUCAAUGUUCAGUUAGCAGUGAAGAUAUCGAAAAAAGCUUCAAAACAAACCCUUGUGGCUCCAUUUCCUUUACUACUUCCAAAUUCAGCUACAAGAUAGACUUUGCAGAAAUGAAGCAGAUGAAUCUCGUCACUGGGAAACAGCGCCUAAUAAAAAGGGCUCCUUUCUCCAUCAGUGCCUUCAGUUACAUCUGUGAAAAUGAGGCCAUCCCCAUGCCAACCCACUGGGAGAACGUGAACCCUGACGUUCCCUACCAGCUGGUUUCCCUGCAGAACCAGACGCACGAGUAUAAUGAAGUGGCCAGUCUUUUUGGGAAAACAAUGGAUCGGAACCGAAUUAAAAGGAUUCAAAGGAUCCAAAACUUAGACUUAUGGGAGUUCUUUUGCAGGAAAAAGGCUCAGCUCAAGAAAAAGAGAGGUGUUCCUCAGAUCAAUGAGCAAAUGCUAUUUCAUGGCACCAGCAGUGAAUUUGUAGAAGCAAUUUGCAUUCACAACUUUGACUGGAGAAUCAAUGGUGUGCACGGGGCUGUCUUUGGAAAAGGAACCUAUUUCGCUAGAGAUGCUGCGUACUCCAGUCGUUUCUGCAAAGAUGACAUCAAGCACGGGAACACAUUCCAGAUUCAUGGGGUCAGCUUGCAGCAGCGACAUCUGUUCAGAACCUAUAAAUCCAUGUUUCUUGCUCGAGUGCUAAUUGGUGAUUACAUAAAUGGAGACUCGAAAUACAUGAGACCUCCUUCCAAAGAUGGGAGCUAUGUGAAUUUGUAUGACAGCUGUGUGGAUGACACCUGGAACCCAAAGAUCUUUGUGGUUUUUGAUGCCAACCAGAUCUACCCUGAGUACCUAAUAGACUUCCACUGACCCUGCCUCCCUGGCUCAGUGGUCAGAGCUUUGCUCUCUCAUUGCAGAAGGAUUUGGUCCUCUGUCUCCUAGCCGCUAAUAUAAAUAUUGGAUUCUUUUGAAACAGAUACAGAAAAGAAAGCGGCCUCGGUAUAUAAAGAAGUACUGGCUGUCAGGUUGGUUGUAUGUUGUUCUGUUUCUGUCUGUUCUGGUUUUGAAAAAAAGACCGAUGCUGUUGCCAUCUUAACAUACAGGAGAGAGAGAUACUUCUCAAAACAGAAUAGGUUGAGUCUCAUUACCAUGAUCAGGCAGUCUUCAAAGUUCACACGCAUGUGACCGGGUCAAAUGAUUUUAGUUUUUGUACCCUAUUAAGAGAACUGGCUCUUUAUAAAUUGAAUUUUGGCAUCAUUAUCUAUCAAUGAGCAUGUGAUUUUGUUGCUCUUCCGAAGGGGGAAUUAAAAAUCCCAAAACAGCCCUUGGUGCUCAGCAAAGUAAGAGACAAGGACAUUGUCUGCUGUGCUGGUAGGUAAGCCAGGGAAUAGAGACUGGGCAGAGCCUGCUUCCCACUGCUGGAGGAAGGCGGUCUGUACACACCAUUCUCACCCACCUCCCACAGUUGAGCUGAGCACUGCCCCUGAGGGUCACUAGCUCACAGCUCCGCCUCCAGGAGGCCUUGGUCCCUGCCCCAACUUAUUUAGUUCCUUUGUUUUCCAAGCCCUGCAGUGAUCACUUCUCAGAGGCUCUGUCUUCCCACAACCCCCGAGACACACAUAGCGGUUCCAUGAUGAUUCCUAAGAGCCACACAUGUUAGUAGCUGGCCUCAUUCUCUGUUGAAUGAUUGUGAAGAACAUGAAAUGCUGGGGAGAAGUGUGAUUCUUCUUAGAGUAGUGAUUGACAACUUCCAACCCCUGAGCAGCUCUGUACAACUGAGAGUUGUGCUUGUGGCUUUGUGUACCUGUCUGCCUGCCUGCCAUUCUGUCCUGAAGAGGAAGUGAUCUGUACCACCUAACUGCCCAAUGAUUUUCUAGCAGAGUUGAGAUAGCACUCAGGCAUGAUGCUAAGUGUUCAAGCAUCAGACAGGGAGCUGCCUGUAUGAUUGUCUCCCCAGCGCUGGUUUUUUCCAGGAUUCCUUGUGGGGAAGGUCAUAUCACCCAGAAUCUUUUCCUAAUUCUUAAUACUGAAUCUUGUCUCUGCUAUCCCCAUCCAGCUUUGGGAGCAAGGACAUGAGCACAGAUUAACUUCUAGUACCUGUAUUGUUCUCUUCAGUCACUCAAAUCGGGAAGCAUUUAGAAAUAAUGUAUGUGUGAAUCAGGAUUAUGGAUAGUGGUUUUUGUAAGGAUAGCAAUUCAUUCAGCUUCGUAAACCAUCAGAUUUUCCUUAUGGCCCAGAAUGUGUGUAAUCGUGCAGUGGGAAUUUCGUGAGCGGCACUCGGGAAAGCACACGUGCUUUGGCACACUGUGGCGGGAAUGAUUCCCUGGCUCAAAUCUGGAGGUCCACCAUUGGUUUAAGAGAGGCUAGAAAGGACACAUUUCAAAGCCAACAGUGGUCCCUACAGAAGUGCCUGAAGGCAGAGCAGCUAGGCUACCUGGCCCCUCACAAGAAUCAGUGUUAGAGGCAUUGUGAGUUCAGACCAGUCUCUCUUCUAGUUCUUUUCUCCUAGUUUUGUUUUGUUUGUUUGUUUAUCUGUUUGUGUGUGUGUGUGUGUGUGUGUGUGUGUGUGUGUGUGUGUGUUUCAAGACAGGGUUUCUCUGUGUAGCCCUGGCUGUCUUGGAACUCUCUCUGUAGACCAAACUGGCAUGCAAUGUGUUAAAGUCCCUCUUACAUGGCUGUCUGCCCGCCCUCCUCUGCCCCCCAGCUCCAUGCACACUCCUCUUAAUACUUGAAUGGAAUGACUGUUGUUGUUGAGGUUGUUUCCUUCUAGACUUGUGUAUCUGUGUCAAGGUGACUGAGAACACAGGCAGUCUGCGCAGUCACUCUCCCAUGUUGGCUUGCAUGAGGAAGGUGGGGGUGUGUCAGAGAGGCCACCAUAAGAAAGCAUUGCACUGCUGUUGUUGGAACAGACUGCCAACCCCCUUCGUAAGGAAGAAGUGAUCUCGGUAUGUGUUUUAAAAUAUAAUAACGUAGAAGUCCCUUGUGUUAAAAUUUUACUGUUUUGUCUGUUCCAUGUAUAGAAGAACAUCAUUCCCUCUGCUCAUCACAUGGAGUGGGAGGGAGAGCAAAGGGAAUCCGUGCAGAGUGGCGAGCUGUACCACAAGCUGGCUGAAUAAACUCCAUUGAGUACAAACUUGUCUUUUCUCUGCGGGGAGUCUAGCCUUGGGGUAAAAAUAAAUGUGUUUAUGGGAAAACAUUUUCUUGAAUCUUUUAUCUCCCACCAGGAAUGUUUGAGAUUAGUGGAUUAUUUCGUUUCAAGACUGGUGGUGGAGGUGGUGAUAGAGAAUUCUGAUAUUCAAUGUCUGAGUGUAUUGUUUCUACAAUUGUUGAUUAAAGUUUUCUGUAUCAGG